AUGGAGCUAUCAUUAUGUUUCGAAAAUCAAAUGAUUAUAAAGCUGCCUUCUUCUGUGAUGGAGAAAAUUAGGGAAAGAAGGUCAGGAGAAGUAGUAGGUUCUCUUAAUUACGAUGAAGAUGGAAAAAGGGAAUGGGAAAUUCUAAACUCAAAAUUUUCAGAAAAUAAAACAGGUAAUACAGAAACUGAUUCGAUUAAUCAGAAUGAAAAAAGUGGAUAUUUAUUUUUAAGUACACCAGAUAAACAGAAUAAAAUUUCAAUGUAUCCUUCUCAAAUUCAUACAUUAGUUAGAAAAGGGAACUUUGUGACCGAUGAUAUCAGACGUAGAAUCCAAGAAAAAACCAAAAAGUCGUCCACUAUCGAGGAUACGAAGAGGAUUGUCGGAGCAAUGUACGAAUCGAGCUCCCAACCAUUUAUGUAUUAUGAUAUAAAAACCGACCAAAUGUCAGACGAGCCCAGAAAUAGCUCUAUGAUUUCAAUAUCCAGGAAGAAAUUGGCUACAUCAAGUAGUCAAUCUUCUGGUAAUAUUGAUAGCAACACUAACUAUUCUUUAGGAUCCAAUUCCAAUAUUAACAAUAUAAGUAGCAGCUCUCUAGAAAGUCUAAAGGAGAAUAUUUUUAAAAUUUUUGAAGAAAAAGGAAGCGAAGGGGUUUCAUUAAAGGAAAUUGAGGAUAAAACAAUGAAACCUAAGCAUAUUCUUAAGAAAAUUGUUGAAGAAAUUGCAGUCCAAGCAGGUAGAGGCGGAAGAAGGCAUAUAUGGCACUUGAGGCCACAAUUCAUUGGUAAAUAA